AUGCGCAUCGAACAAAGCAACAUCCAAAAGACCAAAGUCGGCCUCCACGCCGCACAAGCCUUCUGCAUCUUCGUCGGAGGCUGCCUGUCAUUAGCCGUCUUGACGAAAGAUGGAGGAACGAGCGGUACACUGGGCUUCUACUUCGGCCUCUGCUUCCUCACCAUCCCCGCCCUGGUCUACCAAGUCAUGGUACCCAUGUGGACUCGCGCCUGGCGAUUCGCCAACAUGUACGCCUACGCCAUUGUUGACUUGGUCUGCGCGAUUCUCUGGUUCAUUGCAUUCAUCGCAGUAGCGGCUUGGAACAGCAGCGGUGUGCGGAAGGGGGACGGGGAUAAGGGUAAUAGCAGCGAGGAGAAUGGGAGUUGCUCGCACUUCGCUUAUGGCAGUAAGAUUAAAUGUCUUGCCAGCAAAGCCAGUGUCGGGUUUGGCGUCAUCGUGUGUCUGUUGUUUGUGGUCACGACGGUCAUCAGCGUACAGGGUGUGCUGAAGUACCGACAAACGGGCGUCAUGCCGACGGUGGGGACGAAAUUACAUGGUGGUGCUGAGCGAUUGAGGUCGGAUGAUGCCACUAAAGAUCCUUGGUCGACGAAUACCGAUGAGCUUGAUCCGCAGAAUGAGGAGCACGACGGUCCGUUUGAGGAUGAGCGACAUGCGUAUGGUCAAACGGCGUCAUUGGGCGAGCCGCAUCCGGGUCGGCCGCUGGGGUAUGAUUCGCAGAGUAAUCUGUCCGUGGCUCCUCCGGCGUACGAUAAUACUGCAGCGCCGAGUGCGUUGAGCCCGGGGGGGUAUGAG